AUGUCUGAUAAGCAAUCGAAUUGUGGUGAUGGUUCAUUAAAUAAUUCAGCAAAUAAGAAUAAUGAUGAAGAAGAUGAUGAAAAUGGUGAUGAAAAUGAUGUAACAUGUGCUCAAUGGUUAGAAGAUAUAGGUUUAUCAGCAACAUCUUCAACACAUUCAACAAAUAUGACUAAUGAAAGACGACAUUUAUCAUCGAAUAAAAAACAUUCAAAUGAAAAAACUCGUUCAACAACAAUUCUUAUUCGAGAUUUAUCUUCUGUAAAUAGUUUAUUUAAUUUUCUUUUAAAUAAAUCUCAACGAACAUGUAUGUCAUUAACUGGACCAUUAACAGGAAUUCCACCAACAUUAAUUUCACCACGUCCAUUUCUUAAUUCAACAUUAAAAUAUUUAAAUGUUCAUUUUCAAUCAAAUUCAAUGGUUACAAUUGAUGGUGGACCUUUAUUACCUGAUCGUAUUAAAGGUUUGUGGAAUUUAUUUACAGAAAAAAAUCAACAAAUACAAAUGACAUGUACAAAUGUUGAACGUACAUCAGUAUUAAAUUUAGAUGGUGAACAAGGUCGAACAAUAAAACAAAUUUCAAUAAAUGAUAAACGAGAUUUACGUGUACAAUUUGCAACAGUCUGA